AUGUGGACCACUAAGACGUGUCGUGUCCGCUUGGCAUUGUUCGCGCUUAAGUACGAGUCCACACACUGGCAGUGCGCGAGUAGCAGUGUCCGGGGAGUCGGCCGAGGACGGAGCUCCGCGUGCAUGGCGCCCGUGGCAGAGCAGCAGCGGCAGUCAUUACAUAUGUCGCAGGAACGCAAUGCUGUUGGACACGCGUCGGUCCAAGUGGUACUGACAUCGACGCCCGAGUCGCCGAGUCAGAGCGUUCGAAAGGGCUGCGAACGGAGUCCAUUCGAGCGACCGACGGCGGAAAACGAGCGACCGACGGCGGAAAACGAGCGACCGACGGCGGAAAACGAGCGACACGCGACGGAGAAGUCACGUGCGACGCCCAGCAGUGGCUCAGAAGGUGGAGAGGAUACACGUUUUGGGUGCGGCGUUUCUGUCGCAUCUGUACGAGCCGUUUCGACAGCAGGAGCCAGCGCGGGGGCGAAGGACGAUGGGGAACAACAAGCGGAGGCACUGGUGGUCGAGUCAUGGCCGGUAGAUGGCUACAUAUGUGUAAAUACAGUGCGAGAGACUAUGGAUGAACUUGCAACGGGAGUGGAGCAGGCUGAAGCUAAGGAAGAGAAGCAGUGUGGCUCACAACGGCUGGUAGCAAGCGACUGCAAGCCAGACAAGGACAGUCAGAAGCACAGUAAUGGCCUUGGAACGACUGACGUCGGUGGGGACGCCGAGGCGUUGUCAUGUGGUGAAGCGCGGUUGGCAAGUGGCACGGACGUGGAAGCGUUGGAAAAGGCUGACGAGAGAGAAUCGACUGCAUUGCCUAAUGUGCCAGAGGUUGUGCUGGAAACUGACGUUGGCGCCGGUGUUUCGAGGGAACAAGUGGCAGAAGCGGUGUUUGAUGACGGUGAGAGUCGGGACGUUGAGAUGGUUGUCGAAGACAAGUUGGCAAGUUGUGCUUUAUACGAUCACGGUCGGUCGCUCCUGCCUGAUAGUACUGCGGCCGUCAUCGAGUUGGAUAGGCGGAGCAUACAUAUAACAGAGGAACUCGACAAGAUUGUCGCCUGCUUAGUGGAUGAUGUGGUUACUUGCGUGAAUGCAAUGGGAUCAUCAGAUGUAGCAGAGCUUGCGACAAUACCCGAUAGUCCUUUGCUGCCGCAUCUUAGCGCUGACGAAGCCAUGGAACUGCUUGAUAUAUAUGAAGGCGACGACCACGUCAUGCUUCCCGCGCACAGUAAGAACGAAGAUGUUGCUGAGGAGGACGAACCAAGUACCCACGAGUAUCAGUGGUUUGAUGGAGAUGACGAUGACGGCGAGGAGGUUGCAGCAGACAUUCCGUCCGUAUUUGACGUCAUUGCUGAGACCACAGACGAUAUCUUUAACGAGACCGCCGAUGAUGCGUCUGGUUCGAAUGACAAGAUUGCCCCCACUAAUUCUGCGCAAAGUCUCAAGGAGUCCGCGGUCGUGUGCAGCGACGAUAGCGCAGACACGUUGGUAAUUGCUAGCAAGAGCAGCUCCAACAGUAGUAGCAGCCAUGGUUCUGCAUCUUCCAGCUCGUCGUACUCCGGGUCAUCAUCAUCCGAUUCGUCAUCAUCUGGUUCAUUGUCGGCACCGCCUUUUGUCAGCAGUGUGGGCUGUCGAGGUAAUGGGCACGUCGGUAAUGGGUCGAAAAAGCGUCGCGCACAAGAAAAGAGUAGCCCGCGCAAGCUGAUAAUGCACACGAAACGAAAGCGUGUCCGUUCGCCAGAACUUGAAAAACCAAUUCAAAUGCAGCACAAACCGAAGUGGAAGUUUGCACAACCCAUCAUUCCACCAGAGUUUGCGGUUUUCGAGACGGAUGCAGCUGACCCGAUCCUCAAGGGUUUAUAUUGUGUGCGGAAUAAUCGGCGCGCGUGCUUUUACGGAACGUGGGGUUUUGGCGAUGAAGCUUUUAACAAUGUUGAGAGUGUGAGCCCGUUCGAGUACACUUCACGCGCCCGCGUGCCUCUGUCUCGCCGCAAAGAUGAUAAGCGCCCUAUCUCUGGCAAGUACGGAGGAUAUUUCAAGUUGCGCCAGUCGAAGGGCGCGUUGGUCAAGGUUCAAGAAGGUCAGCUAGACUUGCAGUUCUUGCCCAUGCCUUCCGACGGUGAAGAAGAAGAUGAGGAGGAGGGUGCACAGUGCUUCGAGCGCGAUGGAAACGGCGGUGACGAACGAGCAGCAAGCGGCUAUAUUGUGCUUGGCAAGGGUAAGAAUCAAUUUGGUCGGUUUUUAAUACGAGGGUAUCUUCACCCUGACAGUGGUCGGCUUACCGUGAAGCGCCGUUAUUUGGAAUGA